UACCCUCUUUAAACACCUCCGAUUUUAUCGCUCUCGCUGUCUCUCUGUGCAAUUAGAUCGAUCGCCCUCUUCCCGAGUUCCUACCGAUCAAUUUCCUUCGCCCUCUGCGAUUAUCGAACCAUUUUGCCAAUUUCGAGUUGCUGGAAUAGCCAAAAUUGGUUUCCUCCUCUCUAACUGAUACGGAUGGCUUCGACGAUGCUCUCUCUCGCCUCCGCUCCUGCAGCAUUAUCGCUGCUAGAUAAUCACAAGACGAAAUUGAAGCUGGGAGGCUUGGAUCACGCUACUUUCUUGGGGAAUGAAAAGAGAAAUCCCUUCGCUACGGUCAAGUCCUCUGGUCGAAUAUCCAUGGCUGUUGCAGUCAAUGUUUCUUGUUUUGAGGGUAUAACAAUGGCUCCUCCUGACCCAAUCCUUGGAGUUUCGGAAGCAUUUAAAGCUGACACAAAUGAAAUGAAGCUGAACCUAGGAGUUGGGGCAUACCGAACAGAAGAACUUCAACCUUAUGUGCUUAAUGUUGUGAAGAAGGCAGAGAAUAUCAUGCUAGAAAGAGGGGAAAACAAAGAGUAUCUUCCAAUAGAAGGCUUGGCUGCAUUCAAUAAAGUUACUGCAGAACUACUAUUUGGAGCAGAUAACCCAGUAAUUAGUCAGCAAAGGGUUGCUACUGUUCAAGGUCUUUCAGGAACUGGUUCUCUUCGACUUGCUGCUGCACUCAUAGAACGAUAUUUUCCUGGGGCAAAAGUUCUUAUAUCAUCCCCAACUUGGGGUAAUCACAAGAAUAUCUUCAAUGAUGCUAGAGUUCCUUGGUCUGAAUAUUGCUAUUAUGAUCCAAAAACCAUUGGUCUGGAUUUUGAUGGGAUGAUAUCAGACAUAAAGGCUGCCCCUGAAGGAUCUUUUAUAUUGCUUCAUGGCUGUGCUCACAACCCAACUGGCAUUGAUCCAACUCCUGAACAGUGGGAAAAAAUUGCUGAUGUCAUUCAAGAGAAGAGUCAUAUUCCAUUUUUUGAUGUUGCAUAUCAGGGAUUUGCAAGUGGAAGCCUUGAUGCUGAUGCAUCAUCUGUGAGAUUGUUUGCUGCACGUGGUAUGGAGCUUCUAGUUGCUCAAUCAUACAGUAAAAAUUUGGGUCUUUAUGCAGAAAGGAUUGGAGCAAUCAAUGUUAUUUGUUCAUCAGCAGAUGCUGCAGCAAGGGUGAAGAGCCAACUGAAAAGGCUUGCUCGGCCCAUGUACUCAAAUCCUCCCAUUCAUGGAGCUAGAAUUGUUGCCAAUGUGGUAGGCAAUCCUGCUCUUUUCAACGAAUGGAAAGAGGAGAUGGAAAUGAUGGCUGGUAGGAUAAAAAAUGUGAGACAAAAACUAUUUGACAAUCUCUCAGUAAAGGAUAACAGUGGGAAGGACUGGUCAUUCAUCCUCAAGCAGAUUGGCAUGUUCUCCUUCACUGGCCUCAACAAAGCGCAGAGCGACAACAUGACGGACAAGUGGCACGUCUACAUGACAAAGGAUGGAAGAAUUUCCCUAGCAGGGCUAUCUUUGGCCAAAUGCGAAUAUCUUGCAGAUGCCAUUAUCGACUCUUACCACAAUGUCAAAUGAAAAAGAUAGAUAGCAGGUAACACGUAAACAGCAUGCCAUUAGAUUUUGGUGAUUACAUUAGUUAGUUUACCAUCAGCUAAUGGAAACAAUUUUGUCAGAACCUUGUAAUAAAGUUUGUCUGCUCUGUCCAAAGCCUCUGUGUUUCCAGUUCUAUCUAAGGCGGGCAACACUUCUCCUGUACCCUGUACCCACAAGCGAUGUGGCGUAAUGGUAUUUUUGAGCUCUUGCAAGAUGCUUUUCCUGCCUAAAUUCUUGGUCUAUGAUUACUUGAAUGUUUGUGUAACCUACGGAUUGACUGACAUAUCUUUCUAUUUCGAUAUUUACGGUUAAUAUUUACAAGAAUAACAACAUAUAUCGCGGGUAAAAAGGUUGCUUGUUUGAUUUUGCUUUCA